GGUUAUAAGCAAUCAAAACCGGAAGUGCAUCAGGUGCUAUGGUGCCUAACAACAAGGACGCCAUGAGAUAAAAUGACUAUGUGAUCUCAAUAGUUUCCCCAUUUUUGUGUUUUGUCUUUAUUGGUGUAAUUGUAAUAUGUCCACUACAGAACACCAGUCUGACCUGGAUCCCUUUAUGUGUACAUGCGGUCCUUGUAAGAAAUUCUGGAAGGAUAAUUUCAAUGAUGCAUCAGAGUUGCUUCGUGAAUCCUCGUUAAGCAGGGCUCAGAAUACAGCUCCCCUUUCUUGUAAAAGCAGUGUCGUCAAAGUGGGAGAUAGAGUGGAAGUUUAUGGAAAAUAUCCAGUCCAUGGACAUCUUGCUACAGCAGCAACAGACCUCUGUAAAAUCUAUGCUGAAUCUGAGGUCUGUCAAAAAUUUCUGGGUACUGUGAAGUUUGUUGGAGUCAUCGAUGACAAUGCUAUUGCCCCAAACUUGUACGUGGGAGUUAAACUGGAUGAUAAUGUGAAUUCGGUCCACAAUGGUUUGUACAAAGGGAAACGGUACUUUCACUGUACACCUGGCCAUGGAGCGAUGGUGAAAUACACAGAGGUCAAACCACUGAAAAACCCCAGUAAAACUCCCCCCGUCAAAAACAACUACAUGUUCCCAAGCUGGGACGAGGUCAAGCAACGCAGGAAACUCAGAAAUGAAAAGCUAGCCGAGAUAUACGCCAAAGCUGGGGUUUCCCCCACCCCAUCCAUGCUCAGCGACACAUCCUCAAAAAGACCCAAGUCAGAACCGGUCAUCAACGUUGGCGAUCCAAACGAUAUUGCUAUCAAGGACCAAGAAAGAAAAAGACGAGCUGAACUUCACAAACAGAAAGUGCACGAGGAGGAUCACGAGAAAAAUGAACUUCGUAGAUUACGACAACAGUUCGGUAGUGGACAGGAAGGAGAUCGAAUGGCACAGACAUUACUCAAGCUACAACGAGCGUACCAAGAGGGGCUGCAGCUGACCAAUCGUAGAGGAACACAUUUUGAUAUCAGCCAUGGGGACGAUGACUACUGAUGGAGAGCUCCUCCUAGAACACCUUAAUUCCUCAAUAACUAGAAUUGCAAGAGAUUUUGAAAUUUGACUCAACUUCUUCAUUUGAAAAAUACACCACAGAAUACUAAUGGAUAUAGGUUAUUAUUUUUUUUGGGAUAUAUUUUAAAAAGUGAUAUAUGUUUACUUAAAAUCUUAAAGAAUGUAGUAAAUAAACACUUAUUUAAUUUGUAAAUUAUUUCAAUGCAUAUCGAUUUUUUUUGGAUAUAUUCUAAAAUGUGAUAUAAUUUGUUUACUAAUCCAAAGAAUGAAAUAAAUGAACAAUUAACUUUUUUUAAUUUGUAAUAUUUCAAUGCAUAUAGAAUUUUUUAAAAAUAUAUUCUUAAAAGUGAUAUACUUACAUGCAUACUUACUAAUCCCAAAGAAUGAAAUAAAUGGACACUUAAUUAACUUUUUUUAUUUAAUAUAUUAAGUAUACAAACACUUUACAUAUAUUUUUCUAAUAAUGUUGAAGUAAUUGGGUAUGAAAACAGAGCAAAUCCAAAUAUUGAUAGUGAGAGUAUGGUGAAUUUUUUUAAUAAGAUUUUUGAUUUUGCUAGUUUAUGUUGAUGUUACAAGUUUUUUGUUGUAUUAUAUAAUGAGCUGACUUUGUGCAAUGAAAAGUAUUAAACUGAUGAUGUGAAACAGACACUGUAAUGAAGGACUUACGGAUAUCUAGAUUGCAGACAAUUACUAAUCAGUGCAAAAUUUUCUUUGAAUUACAAUGCAUCUGAGAAAUAUAUGCCUUUUUACUUAUGGUAAUUAAAUUUUACAAAGUGUCUACAUUGGAGGAAGUUUGCAAAUGGAAAAUAAAUAUUAACUAGAAAAUGCAGCGAAAAUUGCCAACUGUGCUUUUGUAACAGUGUUUUUGACAGACUUUGUAUAUUACGAACAUGUAUUCUGUAUUAUAUGCAUAUGUAAUCAUUGUGUAUGUGUAUUUGACUGAUAUUGCACCGAGAAUCAAACCUCUAGAAUAUACAAAAUACAAUUUUUGUGUUUUACAUUUUUUUUUUUUUUUUUUUUACAAAUUUUGUAGCAACUAUGACCAGUAAACUUUGUUGAAUGCAGCUGAUAUUGAGGGAAUGUUUAUUUCACUUCUGCUAGUGAUAAUGAUUGCUUGGUUUUGUUUUUCUUUGGCAUGAUCAUUGCAAAUUUUAGAUUACAGCGACACAUUCAGGAAGGAACCUACUGCUGCCCUUGAACAUGUGUAUCAAAUAUCAUAGAAAAUGAGAAGCUAAAAUCACUCAUAACAUUCACAGCUUUAUCUACAAUGUGUUUACAAGAUUGUCAUAGUAUUUUAUUUAUGAAAUAUGUUACCUAUAUUGUAUUAAAAUAUGUGCAUAUUAAA